AUGGUCUCUGAAGAAGAUAAAACUAAGGCUGAUGCCCUCAAAGUUUUGGGUAACAAGGCCCUUCAACAAAAUCAUUACGAUGAAGCUAUCAAACUUUACACACAGGCCAUCGAACUCAACCCAAACAAUGAAAUCUACUACGCCAAUCGUGCUCAGGUAAACAUCAAGGAAGAAAGCUACGGUCUGGCUAUUGAAGAUGCUACCAAGGCCAUUGAAAUCAACCCCAAGUACAUGAAAUCUUAUUAUCGUCGUGGUGUCGCUCUUGCUGCCAUUUUCCGCCACUCGGAAGCCCUCAAGGACUUUAAGAUCGUUGUCACUAACGUCCCAACUGAUAAACAUGCACAAACUAACCUGACAUCAUGUCAAAAAAUCAUCCGUGCAAAGGCCUUUGCACGGGCCAUUGAAGUCCAAGAUGCUCCUUCUACAAUCGAGUCAAUCAACCUGAAAUCAAUGGCAGUUGAAGACUCAUACGAUGGUCUCCCCCUUGAAAUAGAUUUCCAUGGAGGAAAGACUGAAUCUGCUUCUACCAAUGGAACUUCUUCCGAGAAAAUGAGCGAGUCACAGGCUCUUGCCAAAAUAAGGUCACUUCUUAGCACUUUUGACGUUAAGGUCACCAAGGAAUUUGUGGCCGACAUGCUCGAUCGUUUUAAAAAUGGAAAACUGAUACAUCGCAAGUAUCUCUUUGCCAUUGUCAUGCAGGCCAUGAAACAUUUUAUUAAUGAUCCCACCCUAGUCGAACUCCAAGUCACCAACCCCCUCAAGAAGUUUACAAUCUGUGGUGAUACCCAUGGUCAGUUCUUUGAUCUCAUGAAUAUUUUUGAGAAAAACGGAUACCCCUCUGAAUCACACGCUUAUCUUUUCAAUGGUGACUUUGUUGACCGCGGCUCUUGGUCUACCGAAAUUGCCAUUCUCUUUUAUGCUUACAAGUGUCUGUAUCCCAACUCUUUCUUCCUUAAUCGCGGUAACCACGAGGCCGAUGAUAUGAAUAAGAUGUAUGGCUUUGAAGGUGAAUGCAAGGCCAAGUACAAAUCUGAUAAUAUUUUCAAGCUCUUUUCUGAGUCUUUCUGCCUGCUCCCACUGGCAACUCUUAUUAACAAUUCUUACCUGGUUCUCCAUGGCGGUCUCUUCUCUAAGGAUGGUGUUACCUUGGAUGAUAUCCGCAAGAUUGACCGCUUUGGCCAGAAACAACCAGGUAACUCGGGUCUCAUGAUGGAGAUUCUAUGGACCGAUCCUCAGACUGCUCCUGGCCGCUCCCAGUCUAAACGUGGUGUUGGCAUCCAGUUUGGACCUGAUGUCACUGAAAAUUUCUGCAAGCAAAACAAGCUCAAGGCUAUCAUUAGAUCACACGAAGUGUGCAUGGAUGGCUAUGAAAAGGUUCAUGACUGUCCUGACGGCAAGCUCUACACUGUCUUUAGUGCCCCCAACUACUGCGAUUCUCAAGGUAACAAGGGUGCUUACAUUAACAUUGAAGGACCAAAUCACGAGCUGGAUUUUACCACUUUUGAAGCUGUUCCUCACCCAGACGUUAAACCAAUGGCUUAUGCCAACAAAUUUAUGUUUUAG